GGGCGAGCCGAGCCGCUGCCCGCGCUGCCCGCCGGCGCCGGGUGGGGGUCCCGGCGGCUGGAUGGGCCGCGGCGGCGCGGGCCGCGGGCGGCGAUGGGCGAGGAGCAGAGCACGGUGAGCGGCGGAGGCCCCCAGGAGGCGGGGGAGCCCGCGGGCACCGCCGCGGGCCGCCCCGAGUCCCCGCGGCCGCGGGGGGACGGCAGCGGGGCGCCCGGGCCGUGCACGGUCCCCGCGGACACGAGUGGCGGCGGCUGCGGAAGCGACGCGGACUGCGCCGACCCGAGCGCCCCCGAGCCCGCGCGGAGCCGGCGGGCCCCGGGCCGGACGGAGAGCCGGGCGCCACGGCAGCCCGCGGGACCGGCCCUCACGGUGCCCCUCAACCCCCAGACUUUGCAACAACAGCUGCGAGAGGAGGAGGAAGAAGCCGGGGGCCGAAAAGGGGGAGGGGAUGAGCCGCAGGCGGUGCCCCCCGGAGAGGAGCCGAAGCCCAGGACCCGCGUCGGGUCCCCGGACGCGCUGGUCCUGGACGUGCUGGGUCCACGGCGCCCGCCCCCCGCCAAGAGGCAAGUCUUUUGCUCGGUGUUCUGCGUGGAGAACGACCUGCCCCAGGACCCCGCCGCGGAGCCGCUCUCGCCGCCCGCCUCGCCGCCUCGGGCUCCGCCGGUGAUGGACCCUCCCAGCGCCCCCGCCUCCUUUCCGAGCCACCGGCCGUCCCUCCCAACGGACCCCGUGUCCCCCGAUGGCGGCAGCAUCGAGCUGGAGUUCUACCUGGCGCCCGAGCCGUUCUCAGUGCCCAGCCUGCUGGGAGCUCCACCCUACUCUGGCCUGGGUGGGGUGGGGGAUCCCUAUGCGCCCCUCAUGGUGCUGAUGUGCCGGGUGUGCCUGGAAGACAAGCCUAUCAAGCCCUUGCCCUGCUGCAAGAAGGCCGUGUGCGAGGAGUGCCUCAAAGUCUACCUGAGCUCCCAGGUACAACUUGGCCAAGUAGAAAUCAAAUGCCCUAUCACAGAAUGCUUUGAAUUCCUGGAGGAAACAACGGUUAUCUAUAACUUAACACAUGAAGACUCCAUCAAAUAUAAAUACUUCUUAGAACUUGGCCGUAUUGAUUCCAGCACCAAGCCAUGUCCUCAAUGCAAGCACUUUACAACCUUCAAGAAAAAAGGACAUAUUCCCACCCCUUCCAGAUCAGAAAGCAAAUACAAAAUCCAGUGCCCCACUUGCCAAUUCGUCUGGUGUUUUAAGUGCCACUCUCCUUGGCAUGAAGGUGUUAACUGCAAGGAGUACAAAAAGGGAGACAAGCUAUUGCGUCACUGGGCCAGCGAAAUUGAGCAUGGGCAGAGGAAUGCCCAGAAGUGUCCAAAGUGCAAGAUCCACAUCCAGAGAACUGAAGGAUGUGAUCAUAUGACCUGUUCCCAAUGUAACACUAAUUUUUGUUAUCGAUGUGGGGAGAGAUACCGCCAGCUCCGUUUCUUUGGAGACCACACAUCAAACCUCAGUAUAUUUGGAUGCAAAUAUCGCUACCUCCCAGAGAGACCUCAUCUAAGGAGAUUAGUGAGAGGGUCUGUCUGUGCUGGAAAAUUAUUUGUUGCACCUCUAAUCCUGGUCCUGGGAUUAGCACUAGGGGCCAUAGCAGUUGUAAUCGGUUUAUUUGUAUUUCCUAUCUAUUGCCUUUGUAAAAAACAGAGAAAACGAUCACGAACAGGUAUGCACUGGUGAAAUGCAGAUGAUUUCAUCUAACUAAGCUGGCCCGGGUAGGAGCUAUACUGAAGGGCACACCCAGCCAAGAGUCAAGUCCGGAAACAUACCAAGAGGAACCUUCCGCCAUCUGGAGUCCCCGUGGUUCUCUGCAGUCCACAACGCCUCUGCUCCAGUGUGCUCCCGCCAUGGUAUCCUGGCCUUCCCUUAUACUGAUUGCUGCUUUUAAACAAUGGUCACUUCCUUACACUAUAAACAUCUGUACCAUAAUUCCGACCUUCUUAAUGGGUCUUGGAAGAAAUUAUUUUAGAUAAGAACCAGUUACCCUCAGAAUUGUCUGAGAGUGCCUCGCCUGAGAAUUGCUUGGACUGUCUUCAUACCUGAACCCUCCUCUGGGCCAUCCUGUUUAGACUUGGUGUGAACAGCUGAAGUCCCAGCUGUACCAACAAACAAAGCCACUUCUCAGAGAUAAAGGCUCACCACAUACCCUUGUUUUCAUCUGUGGCCCAAGCAGUGCAAUUCCUCCAUCCUUCAGAUGAUAUACUUGUCAAAAAGCUCAGUGUCCAAAAGGGAACUAAAGAAACUAAAUUAAUAAAAAGAGUCAUGAGUUACUGACCUGUAUAUGUGUAGGGAUAUGAAUGUGUGUGUGUAUAAAUAUCUGUGUUAAAACGAGGCCCAGUAACCUUGUACUUACCAAGUCCCAUGCCUCCAUACUAUUUUUCCACAUUUUUGUAGAUAUAUUUAAUGGUGAUGGUUCCUUUGUGGGCAUAAUUUGGGAGUGUGCUGAAUUAAAGUCGAUCUAGACAACAGGCUGUUUCGAUGUUGACCCUUUCUAUUUCUUCCUCUCUCUCCGUCACAAACACACAGAGAAAUGUGUGCCUCAUCACCCCAAGGGUUAUCAAACUUUAUAAACUGACAAAACUCACUGACUGAUUUUUAGCAAACUUUCAAGACCUGAACAUUCAGUCUUUUCCACCUUCAUCUACUUUGGCAUACAUGCUUCACCAUAAGAAUAAAUCCUUUAGGCGAAAUUAGUUCAUUUAAGUGGCAAGUUUGCUGUAGAAAGAACUGCUGAAGCCGUUAAAUAAUCUUUAUUCUGCUAAAUUUUUAAACAAUUUAUAAUUACUGAUAAUUUUGCUUUAGGUGAAGGUGUAGUAUUAUUAACUACCUUACCCUCUUUCUUACCUCUUUAUUUCUCUCUCUAUUUAAUUUGUCCCCAAGUUUUUCAUGAAAACAAAUACUAGUUUUGAAGGAGUCUCCUUAUGUUUACUGCUCACAUGCAUAAUAAUGUGUUGGUAUCUUCUUACGGAGGGAUAAUCUGAAAAUAAAACUUUUGUGUUUAUAGGUCUAUGUAAAAUAUAAACUGCUUUUGGAGAAGGACACCGAAAAAUGAAGGAAAUAUUUUCAGGAAGUUUUACCAAGCUGAGGUGUCUUUAAAUAAAAGAAAAGGACGAGUAACUAAAUUAUGUUAUUCCUUUGUUCUCAUCACAAAUGUUCAUCAUCAGAAAGGAAGUAAAGACCCCUAAGAAGCCUAGUUUUUGUUUGUUCCCAAUCCUUAAAAUUACCCAUCUGCAUAGACAUAGCAUUAAUUUAACAGCAACCUUGUGUGAAUUGAAACAGAUUAUGUGAGAAAACAUGCAUUAACAUGGAUAGGUUGUCUCGUUGGUCUCCCAGGUUUAAGAACAUUUAUGACUUUUAUUUGACCUAAGAAGUUCGUGACAAUGAAGUUUACUCGCAUGGAUAACAAGCCAGCGCAUUUCUGUUCUUUCUAAAUGACACUCAGAAUAGCUACACUAUAGCUUCAGGACUAGACAGUUUCCAGUUAGAGGAGGGUGUCCCAUUUAUGGUUCUGUAAUGACAUAUUACUGAAUCAUGACAUGUUAUAAGAAGAAGCAAUGUGCUUUAGUCUUACAAAAUAUAUUUCCUUUCAGUCAUCUGUUUGUCCAUCCAUUCAUUUGACAAAUAUUCAUUGAGCCUGUACUAUGUGCUCUAGUGUCAAACUGAGAGAAGGAGAAUUUCCAUCCUGAAUCCAUGCAAUUGUGUCAUAAAAAGUGCUAAAUGUCUGUGAACUUGCCUUUCCCAGACUUGGGUGUUAGUUAGACAAUAUGUGAGUAUGAUCAUUCUAAUUCUAGUAGCUAUGUUUAUGUAUGAUAUAUAUGUAUAUAUAGAAUAUUUCCAUAGAAAUAUAUGGGUAUAUAUAUUAUCCAUAUAUUUAUGUAUGUAUACAUAUAUAAUAUGUCCAUAGAUGCAUAUAAAUACAGAUGCCACAUACAUAUAUACCGACUGGCUAAAUAAUGUGUCGUCUGGUCUUAGAUAAUCUAUCUUCUUAGGUCAUUGUAUCUGUCGUCUUUGGCCUACUCAGGGAUUUUUAUUUCUUUCUUUGAAUAACUUAUCUUUGGGAAAUAUUUUUAUAUUAUUUGGAAACAUCCCAGUUUUCCAGUUACCAACUGGCGUCUGUCCAGUGCAGGCUGUCUCGUCACCGCCGAGCAGGCGUGCGCUGUGUUGCACAGGGCUGUUCUUGUCCUAGAGCACAGAAUUUUUAAAACUCGUGUAAGCGUAACUUCCGGGAUGCAUUCUAAACUACUUUAGAGAAAGAAACAUACACACAAAAGAAAUAUCUUUCUAUCCAAAGCUUGUCCUUUUAUGUUUUUAUUGUAAACUUAAUAUACAAAGGUGGGCAAAAGGAGGUCUACAAUUUUUCAUAUGCAAAGUAAUACAAUAAUAAAUAAUAAUACACAAAUAAACUUUUGCAUACUCGUAACUGUAAACCUACUUUUUCCCUCCCCUGUAUACAUUUUGUAAAAAAAUGAAAACCAUAUAGAAUUACAAAACACAAAUUUAUCUGUUUAACUGACCCCUUAUUUUCUAGGGGUAGCCACUGUUAGUAAUUUGGUUUGUGUCCUUCUGGGCACUUUCUACAAAUAUACAAGUAAAUGUCUGUGUGUGCUCAUAUCUCUGUGUAUAUUAGUUUUGUACAAGUGGAAUAAUAACAUCCUUACUGUCCUGUGAUUAUUUUUCAUUUUGAUAUAUAUUGGUAGACACUUUUCCAUAAGAGUUUCAACAGAUUUGCCUCAUUGUUUUGUAAAUUACUACAUAUCCCACUGUGAGGCUCUACUUUAAUUUAUUUAAUCAGUCCCCUGUUGAAUGGACAAGAUUGUUUUACUUCUCUAAUACAGAGCAUCACUGAAGAUCCUUUACAUAGAUUGUUGUCACUUUGUGUUGCCAUUCCCAUAAUUUUUCAAUUUGGUUUUUAGAAGACAUUUGUAAUAAAAUUUUAAUACGUUUUCAGUGAAUGAGGUCAUAGACAUCAUUAGUAUAUUUGAUAUAUUUUUCUUAGAUAAAAAAAGAUUACAUAGAAGUACAUAAUUUUUAAAGAAAAAGCAUUUUUUUGCAGGAUAAUUUUACUCCUGCUUAAUAGCCAAAUAAAAAUCUGGCCAAAAUAUAUAAAAGAAAAUGAAUCUUAUUCCAAUUAAAAUAACAUGUAAUGAGAUGUCUACAAGAUAGCCAGGAAAGACGCACUGAUGUUUGGAUGGCCUAGUUGUAAAACUUGAGGGAUUUAAAUGAAAUAACCAAAUCAGUCAUGUUUGUCACAUUUUUGUAAACACUGUCCAUGUUCAUGCAUGUUGCUGCACAAAGGAACUUAAUUAUGCCAAUGUGAAAAGUAGGAAGCAGAAUGUUGCCAAUUAUGAACUGCCACAGUUAUCCGUAGAAAAAUAAAUAGAUUGUAUGUGAGGUUAAGUGGUCCGUUGGGAUGUUUAAAAUGGUGGAAUAACGUGAAACAUUCCUUGUACAAUGAAUCCUAGCUGUUCCGUAAAAACCUCUGCCUGUGGAGGCCAUGCAAGGGGCCCAACCCUUUGGUACAAACAACAUCCUCUUGCCAUCCCUUGAUUUUCUGGUAGGUGCUGUUGUAUCCUGAAAAUAAAAAAGACAGGAAAACAAUCAAAGAUAAUUAAAUACCAGUCAAGUCCAACUUGAUAUCCUUAAUGGUACUUUCUCGCCAGUGGUGUCUGGAGACAGUGGUACCUGUCAGGAGGUGCCUGUCCUGACACCCACCAUCUCCUGAGUCCCAAAGCCCCAGUUGAGCCUUUAUCUUUCAAUCCUACCACCCAGAUCUAUGGCCUAAAAUAUCCUCAAACCACCGUAACCUCCUCCAGUCCCCGGUGACUCUCCCCAACCACCUUCAUGUCUACUCCUCUGCCACUCUAGCUCCUGUUGACCAGAAGACAAGAGGAGAGGCAGGAGGGGUGAAAACUCACUGGCAUGUGCAACGCAUCAGCAUUCCUGCCCGACCUUUGUGAGGUUACAGCACAUUUGCCAAGACAUCCUUCCUGCUUCACCCUCAUUGUAAUGUUCUUAACAUUAGACUUUUGUGCUGCCUGCCCUGUUAAAUUCAUAAUUAUUUUUAAAAACUUAGUGCCUAAGUAAUACUAAUUGAUGUAUUUCAUUAAGUAGUUCAAAAAAAUUUUUAAUUUAUGCCAAAAGCCGUUUAGAUUUUAAUUUUGUAAGUAAGCUGCACAUAUGCCUUAAUGCGAGUCUUCCCAUUGGGGGUAUGUGCUCAUUCUUUCCUGUUUGUGGCUGAAAUCCGUCCCCGCUAUUGAGAGUGAUUUCCUUGUGGUCAGCUCUAUUUUUUUUGUGCUAAUAUCUAUUAAUAAUAUAGCCUUAAAAUCAAUGCACUUUAAAAUACUUGUGCCAUUUAAAUAAUUUGAUAGAUUUAAAGAAACGGAUUACAUAUAUUUGAAGGAGACAGUAGAAUAAUAAUGCUAGCAAAUAUGUGUCACUUCUUUAAAUUUGGGGUGCAGUCUGAAGCUGAAAAUUUAGAGCAAAGUGUACCUAAAAAACUGUAGCCAAGUUUCUGAAAUUAUAGUCUUAGAAAUUGGUACUAGGAGCUCAAACAUAGCAAGCCAUUGAUAAAUGUUACCUUAUAACCUUGUUAACACGUUUGUUAAAAAUACCAAGUUAAUUUCUACUGCAAGUUUUAAAUGCAUUUUUGUAUUUCAUGAAAUCUCUAGAACAUAUUCCACUGACCAGAAAUAAAAGUAAGUGAAAACUAUCACCAAUAGCAAGUUUGAGAGUAUUUGUUUUUCAAAUCCUCACCACUUAAUUUUGGCAUUUUCCACCUCCUAUGGAAAGUAAAUUCCAAAAUCCCAUCUUUAAUAUGUACAACCACACUUACUACUUUAAUACAACUGAAAUAAUUUUAUAAAAUUAUUAAGAUAUGAUCUGAACAAAAACAGAGGCACAAAAGUUGGGGAGUAUUCAAGAUUGUAAAAUAUUAUCUGUUGGAUGCAAAGCAGUGAUGCAAACCAUUAAAAGAGAAAUGCAGUGGAACUCUUUGCAACUGUGGUUCUAAGGAUAGACUACUCAUUUCACAGCUGACAGUGUGGGGGCUUCUAUUGUACAUCACUGUUGGGAGCCUGGAAGCUCAGUUGACAUCACCAAAUCCAAGAGCAGAGUCACAGCAGUGUAAGACUCGUAACUGUCUUUUGGAGCAUGACCUGAAGUUUUCGUAUUUCACAUACGUAGUGCCAAGUUUAGAAGCAUGUAAUUAUGCCUGUGACAAACUAUGUUUUUGUUUUGCCUAAAGAAAAGACGGUUUUAGAGAAUAACAAAAUGGAAUUAAAGGCAAAUUAUUUUUUAAAAACCACACAAAAGAUUGCCAAUGCUUUUUCCUCUACUUCCUUUUAGCUCAUAAAAAUAAAUUUCAUUAGGAGUAUUUAACUCUACCUAAGUUAUGCAGACUUAUUACAUUAAAAAUAUUUUUUCAGGUCUAUCCCACAUUUUAGUCAGUCUGUUCCAUCAUCAAUAUAAUUGUUUAAGAUGAAACAGUUACUGUUUUAUUUUUUCUGUUUAAUCAUCAUUGUAUUUUUCCAUUAAUAUUAAAUAACUUUCUUCCCUGCUUGUGAAGUGAUACACUCACACUCAACAUCACAUUUCUGUUUUCUUCUCGAUUUCUUGGUUGUCUUACUUUUUCACUCUGCAGUUCCCUUCCCACUUUGGCCAAAUGUGGCCCAAGUUCUUCUUACCGUUAAUUCCAUUGACUCUAAUGAAAUGGAAUGCAGACACUGAAAGGACUUCAUAAUUUGGCAGUGGUAGUGAACAUAAUUUACUUUGGCUUAUUUUAUCUGUAAACUGAACUAAAUAAUCAGGAUUACCUUGGACAGAGUUGGAGAUCCCUGCCCAGCCCUCUGAUGAGAAGUAAAAUGAAUGAGAAUAUGUCAGUUGGAUAAUAGAGCCUAAAACACUCUACAUCCAAGCUUCAGAAAUUGCUUCAUGAAUAUUGAAAGGUCAAUAUUGUGUUUACAUAUUAGUUGAACAGCAACACGUGUGGACAUGCACCCAAGCUUGACACUGAGACAUUCACGAUUCAUCCCAAAUGGCUAAGUGUAUGGUUUAUAGUCUUUGUUGUAGCUAAAGUCCUACAGGCUGGACUGGGGGGCUGCAUUUAUAUAAUGUAACAUUUGUAUAUAAGACUCAAGCAUGAAUUCAUAAGUAGGUCUUUUGAAAACAUAAAAUAGAUCACACUGACUCCAGCUGGUAUUAACCCUAUUCUGGAGAAAUCAUUUGUUAUCUGCAAAUGUUUAACUUCUUCACUGAUAUGAUUUAGAUGCAAGCCACACUCGAUGUAUUUAGCAUUGGUUUAGUACGUGAUGUGGGAAGGUCAGUCAGGUAUUAAAGAGCCCCAGGAAUUGCAAAAAUAGAUGCUUCCUUGUAGCUGGCAGGCUGCGCUUUCAUCAUCUCCCCAGAGUUGUCCCUGGUUCACCUCAUGCCCUACGUGGGGAAAUAGUCUCCAGAAUCUGGAAAAUUCUUAAAAAUAAGAUUUUUUGUUAACAUAUUAUGUUCUCAGUGUGUCUGAAUAUACUUUCAUUGUUCACUUCAAGUAAAUACUACCUAAUAUUUGAUAUAAAUAUUAUGCUUUAUGUUCCUUUAUAAAGAAAAUUCUAGAUAAAGUAUAUGAUUUUUUAACAGCUAACUAUAAACCCUUUUUCUAAGAUGCAUUUUUUAAAAGUUCUAUAUGGCAAUAGUUUACUUUGGUACUUGAUCACUAUGAUUAUAAUUAAAGUUCUGUAGAUGGUAUUGAAAAAAGUAAACCAACCUUAUAAUUUAUAUGAAACCUAGAACAGUAAUUGAUAUAUAUCUGUGUAGAUAUAUAAAAUUCAUUUACUUUGACAAGGACAAUCUGUUACAGAUUUUUAUUGUCAAAACUAAUUGACAGUCUUGCUGCUUAUGAAAGCAAUUAUUAAGUAGUAAAUUUUGAGAGAUCACAGAAAUAAUUUUAUGUAGAAGGAAUACAAAAACAGUAGCAUGUUAUGUUAGCACAUUAUUUAUUAAGAUGCCACACAAUUAAUUGUUUUAUUUUUAUUUUAAACAAAAUUGCUUAUAAGACAUUCAUGAAACAAAUAUAUUUAUAUGUAUGUAUACCUGUUGCAAACUGGGACAAUUAAAUUAUUCACAUUCACUUUUUUCACAUAGUGUAAAUUACUAAAAUGGAAAUGUUUGGAUGUUUAAUAUAUUACUGUAUAUUCAGAUGUUGCAGUUCUAAGGAAUAAUUACCAUGUCCUAUUUGAAAUAUCAGAAUAUAUCCCAUUUUAAUUAAAUCUUCGUGAACAAUAGCAAAUAAGAAAAUUUUAAUUGUAAGGUGGAUGACUUUCACUAGUAGUUUGUUCCAGAUCUUGUUCAUCAUUUCUUUAUAUUAUGUAUUUUUCAUUUUGUGUAGAAUUCAUAGUUAUUUUCCAAAUACUGUGAUAAUAUUUUUGUUUAAAAUUAGACUAUUUGAACAGAGAUUUUCUUUCCUACUUCAAUGAUAUUGGAAAAUAUGUAAUUUUAUUGUAACCUUUUUUACAUUUUAUUAGUCUACUUACUUAGGUAUUAAACUAUGUGGAGGAAAUAAUUGUGAACAUUUUAAGAAAGAGGCAGGUAGAAAUAAAUAAAAAAUAAAUGAUAUUAAUAUCAUGUAGAAAUCUCUGAAAUAAAAUUGGAAAGAAAAAACAAAUUCUGUUGAAAUGAAAAUGUUAGGAAAUAAGGAGUAUUUAGGACCUUAAUUUCUUACUGUUAAUCAGCUUCUUAUUGCCAAAUGAUUAUUUUGGUGUGUUGGUUCCAUGAAUUGUGCUUUUAAUGUAAUGUAUAAUUUUCCCUGUUUUACUGAAAAGAAAGAAAUUUGUGAAUAAAAGCUAGGGAAACUGGGUUCAUUACCAUUUUCCAAUAGCACUAAUGUAUAGUUCCCUUUAACCCUUCAUACGGUGCUUUGUGUGAUGAGAGUAUGUAACAUUUAUACAUGUUAUUGGUGCCUUAUUUUUUUCACUUUAUUUCUUAUCUAAAGAGCCAUAUAUUUUUUGUGAGUAUUCCUUAGUCCCUCUAUUUAAAGCCCUGAUGACACAAGUGUACCUUUAGGGGUGUAUGUAGACUGCGUAUUCUUACCUUUCCACUGUAUUAUCUCUAGAACAGCAGCUAAGUCCAUGUAUUUUUCUUAAAUUAAUUGUUCAUUGUUCAUGUGAAGUAUUAAAAGUAUAUUAAACACCAUAAAGUGAAACCAUAAUGAGUGAAACACAUUUUUAAAACACACAAAAAAUGAUGAUUAUUAGAGUUUAAAACAGUAGAAUGUCUAUCAGUCUUUAUCUGUAGUUCUUAUUAAGAGACAGUUCCAUUGCAAAAACAUUAAAAAUAAAAGAAUUUGACCAGUUCUCUACAA